UGUGGAGCGCGCCGGGUCCCGGAGCCGGCGGCCAGAGGGAUGGACGAGACGAGCCCACUAGUGUCCCCCAAGCGGGCCCAACCCCCGGAGUACACCUUCCCAUCGGGCUCGGGAACUCAUUUUCCGCAGGUACCAGGGGGCGCGGUCCGCGUGGCGGCGGCAGCCGGCUCGGGCCCCUCUCCGCCAGGCUCGCCGGGCCACGACCGGGAGCGGCAGCCACUGCUGGACCGGGCCCGGGGCGCGGCGGCCCAGGGCCAGACUCAUACAGUGGCGGCGCAGGCCCAAGCCCUGGCUGCCCAGGCCGCGGUUGCGGCKCACGCAGCGCAGGCCCACCGAGAGCGGAACGAGUUCCCGGAGGACCCCGAGUUCGAGGCGGUGGUGCGGCAGGCCGAGGUGGCCAUCGAGCGGGGCAUCUGYCCUGAGCGCAUCUACCAGGGCUCCAGCGGGAGCUACUUCGUCAAGGACCCUCAGGGGAGGAUCAUUGCUGUCUUCAAACCCAAGAAUGAAGAGCCAUAUGGGCAUCUUAAUCCUAAGUGGACCAAAUGGCUGCAGAAGUUGUGCUGUCCCUGCUGCUUUGGCCGUGACUGCCUUGUCCUCAACCAGGGAUAUCUCUCAGAGGCAGGGGCCAGCCUGGUGGACCAAAAACUGGAACUCAACAUUGUACCCCGUACAAAGGUAGUAUACCUGGCCAGUGAAACCUUCAACUAUAGUGCCAUUGACCGAGUGAAGUCCAGGGGCAAGCGACUUGCGCUACAGAAAGUGCCAAAAGUUGGACAGCGGUUUAACCGCAUUGGGCUACCACCAAAGGUUGGUUCAUUCCAGCUCUUUGUUGAAGGCUACAAAGAUGCAGACUACUGGCUGCGGCGUUUUGAAGCAGAACCUCUCCCUGAGAACACUAACCGGCAACUACUGCUGCAGUUUGAGCGCUUAGUGGUGCUGGAUUACAUUAUCCGCAACACUGAUCGAGGCAAUGACAACUGGCUGAUUAAAUAUGACUAUCCAAUGGAUAGUUCUGGCUCUCGGGAUACAGACUGGGUGGUGGUAAAGGAACCUGUUAUCAAGGUGGCGGCCAUAGACAAUGGGCUGGCUUUCCCACUGAAGCAUCCUGACUCUUGGAGGGCAUAUCCCUUUUACUGGGCCUGGUUGCCCCAGGCAAAAGUCCCAUUCUCUCAGGAGAUCAAAGAUCUGAUUCUUCCAAAGAUAUCAGACCCUAACUUUGUCAAAGACUUGGAGGAGGACCUAUAUGAACUCUUCAAGAAAGAUCCUGGUUUUGAUAGGGGCCAGUUCCAUAAGCAGAUUGCUGUCAUGCGGGGACAGAUCCUAAAUCUGACCCAGGCCCUGAAAGACAACAAGAGUCCUCUGCACCUCGUCCAGAUGCCACCUGUGAUUGUUGAGACUGCCCGAUCCCACCAGCGGUCUGCUAGCGAGUCCUACACACAGAGCUUUCAGAGUCGGAAGCCCUUCUUCUCAUGGUGGUAGCCCUAGAGGCAGGCAGAGGAAAUGCUGUGUGAGACAUGGGCUGGGAGGAAGCCUGGGAGCUGGGUACAAGGAAGCCAGAGAAGCCUGUGGAGAGCAGCCUUUACCAGUCCUCCCUCUCUGCUCAAAGUCACCUCCCUCAGGGAUUUCUCACCCACAGGGAGAAGCACAAUCAAGGACCAGAGUGCUCUUGGGCCCUUCUGAGGGGAGGCUGGAGUUCCAGGCCAGAAGUCCAGGUGGCUAGAAGGAGCACCUCCCUUCCAGCAUCUCCUGUGGCAGGCUGGGAAAGUCCCUACCUCCCUGACACCCUGCUCCUUUGUAAUUCCCUAUUAUAUUCUGCAUCAGAAAACAACAACAAAAACAAAUUUAAAUGCUUGUAGCAGAACCCAGAUCCUCUCAUGUCAUAAGCCUUUAAUCCAGACCUAAAUUUGCAUAGACCCAGACAUUCAGGUGCCUGGCAGUUGCUUACUCCAAUGAACCAAGGCUGUGUUACAGGGCCACUGGGUGGCUCCUAGUUUUGGGACAGACAGAAGCCACAGCUUCCUUUUGGGUUUUUGCCAAAUCUUUUCCUUCUCUUCCUACUGGCAGUAGGCUGGCUUCUUGUGGUGCGCAGGAUUUUGCUCUGCAGCUCUCAGUGAUUCUGCACAUGACCUACAGAACCUCUCUGCUCUCUGCCCUGAUGCAGCUUGCCUGUUACUCAAGCAGAGGCAUGAGGGGCUACUCUUAGAAUUUCUGUUUUAAUAGAAAGUUGAUGUCCAGCACGUGAUUGUGAUCCAUAUGGCCUAGGUACACACUGGGAGCUAUAAGUGGCCUAUGGGUGAAUUUUCCCAGCCUUGCUUCCUGAAUCCUUAGUGCCAGUCCUCCUCUAAUUUGUUGUUUUAAAUAUUUCCCUCUAGCUUUUUUGGCUUAGGAGUUCUGUUCAGGUUGUAGAAUGGAUUGUUCUGGGGUGGUCUCAGCUCAUAAGAGGACAGGAUAUCAUCAGGUCCUUGGACUUCUUUAUGUGCUCCCACUGCUGCUUGUAUUGGCAACCAGACUUGCAUUCUGCCUCCUAAUUGGCAGUUUCCCUUUUCUCCCUGGCUUAUUAUCCUGGAUUUGUUUGUCCCUGGCUUCUUGAGAAAGGCAAGGCCCAAAGCAGAAAGGUCUUCAAACUGUCCCCCAGUGCCUGCCCAGCUCAGUGUGCAGCUUCUUGCUUUUAUGUGUCUUUUCCCCAGCUGCCCUGCUUGCCAGGUGUUCAAGCCCUUUCUACACCAAAGCAAAGAAUGGCC